AUGGUGACAGAAGCUGAGAAAGAACAAGGCUUUAUGCCUGACCCUGAAAGGGAUACUUCAGACAACAACACUCUCACAGGUCGCGAUGAAGAAGAGCUCUCACGAACAAAAACAUCAGCUUCAAUAGCAGACUCCUUCUCGCUCCCCCGCGAAAUCCUCUUCGUGUCAAUUAUUUGCAUGGCACAAUUCAUGACUCAAGGCGCCCUCGGAAACUGUCUCAAUCUCAUUCACGUUAUCGGCGACUCUUUCGGUCUCAGCAACCCAGCCGAACUAAGUUGGCUUAUCGCAGGGUACAGUCUCACAGUGGGAACCUUUAUCCUCUUCUCCGGCCGUCUUGGCGAUAUCUUUGGCUACAAACGCAUGUUCCUCAUCGGCUUUGCUUGGUUCGCUGUUUGGUCUAUGAUUUGCGGAUUGGCGAAUUACUCCAACCAUGUUCUUUUCGUCUUUGCAAGAGUGUUCCAGGGUAUUGGACCUGCGCUUGUCAUGCCCAAUGGUCUUGCUAUUCUGGGUGCUUCGUAUAACCCCGGUGGCAGAAAGGCUGUUGCUUUUGCGCUGUUCGGUGCUUGUGCGCCUGGUGGUUGUGUGUUCGCCGCUGCGUUUGCCGGACUGUUCGUUCACGGUGAUCCGACUUGGUGGCCCUGGGCGUUCUACUCUUUUGCCAUGGGUUUGGCUUUCAUUGCCGCGAUGGCGUACUUCAUCAUUCCUGACCCUCCUCACAAGAUUUCGGCCGAUCAGUUGACUUGGGGCGAGAUCCUUGGUCAGCUUGAUCUUCUCGGUGCUUUUACCGGUAUCACUGCUCUUGUACUCUUCAACUUUGCCUGGAACCAAGCUCCCAUCGAUGGCUGGGAUAAGCCUUGGGUCAUUGUUACCCUCAUCCUUGGAGUUCUCAUGGUUCCUGUUUUCUUCUACGUUGAGCUGCGCGUCGCUUCUCAUCCUCUCAUCCCCUUCGACGCUCUCACUAGCGAUGUGGCUUACAUCCUGGCUUGCAUCGUCUGUGGUUGGGCGACCUUCGGUAUUUGGGUUUACUACACAUGGCAAUUCUUCCAGCUCAUUCGUGGAGCUUCUCCUCUCCUUACCGCUGCUUGGAUGAGCCCCGUCGCUAUCUCCGGAGCCUGUGCUGCCAUGACGACAGCGUGGCUUUUGCAUGUUGCCCACCCUGCGCUUGUCAUGCUUCUCGCCCUCGGCGCUUUCACCACCGGUACCAUCCUGAUGAUGACAGCCCCCGUUGAACAAUCAUACUGGUUCCAAUCCUUCUUCGGUUUGAUCAUCAUGACGUUCGGCAUGGACAUGUCCUUCCCCGCCGCGACACUAGUCCUUUCCAACUCAGUCUCACGGGAGCACCAGGGUAUCGCAGCCAGUUUAGUCAACACAAUCGUCAACUACAGUAUCAGUCUCGGCCUUGGCUUCGCUGCCACCGUCGAGGUUAACAUCAACAAGGGCGGAGAGUCCCAGGGAGAGUUACUGAAGGGAUACCGCUCUGCGUUUUACAUGGCUGUUGGAUUCGCUGGACUCGGAUUCGCCAUUAGUAUUUUGUACUUUAUCAAGAGUAUGUGGAGACAGAAGAAGGCCCAGUAA